AUGGGCACCAAGUUGAGCUUCAGUAUAGCAUAUCACCCACAGACAGACGGUCAGACAAAGCGAACCAUACAAACACUGGAAGAUAUGUUGAGAGCCUGUGUAUUGGAUUUCAAAGGAAGGUCUUUGAAAUCGAAGAAAUUGUCACCAAAAUACAUCGGACCUUUCCAGAUUCUGUCAAAAGUAGGACCAGUGGCAUAUAAAGUGGCCCUACCCCCAAACCUUAGUAUGAUACAUGAUGUCUUUCAUGUAUCCCAAUUAAAGAAGUACCAGCCAGAUCCCUCUCAUGUUUUGGAAUAUGAAGAUAUUGCACUGCAUGACCUAACCUGGGAGAUCAAACCAGUAAAGAUCAUUAAUUGUCAAGUAAAGCAACUACGACAGAAAUCCAUCCCAAUGGUUAAAGUCAUCUGGGAGAAUCUGGCACAAGAAGAAGCAACCUGGGAGAAGGAAGAUGACAUGAAAGAUAAUUAUCCUGAACUCUUCGAAUAA